GUCGGACCUGGUACCUUGCCGUGAAACUGAUUAAUCUCACGUAGAGGGUCCAAAGCUCCAAAUCCAAUAGAAGCUACUGGAAGACCCGGUCGGGCAGUCCACUUCGUCCCAGACUACUCUACAGUUUGUCUCCUCCGUUUCCAAUUCCAUUACCAAUCGCUUUGAUCGCUCGCAGUAUGGACGCAGCUAAACUCAAAGAACUGAAGCUUUUCAUCGAACAAUGCAAAUCCAAUCCCUCCAUUCUCAGCGAUCCUUCCCUCUCUUUCUUCCGCGACUACCUCGAGAGUCUCGGUGCUAAGCUCCCUACCUCUGGUUACAACCACGCCGACUCCAAAUCGAGGAGCUAUGUCGUGGAAGAGAGCGACGAGGAAAUGGAGGAUAAGGAACAUCCACAAGGAGAGCCUCAAGAGGAAGAAGAAGAGGAGGACGAGAUAAUCGAAUCGGACAUUGAGCUCGAGGGAGAGACUGUGGAGCCUGAUAAUGAUCUUCCUCAGAAGAUGGGUGACCCGUCUGUAGAAGUCACAGAGGAGAAACGAGAGGCUUCGCAAGAGGCAAAGGCCAAAGCUAUGGAGGCUAUCUCUGAAGGUAAAUUGCCAGAAGCUAUUGACCAUUUAUCAGAAGCUAUUUCCCUCAAUCCGACUUCGGCAAUCAUGUAUGCGACCAGAGCUACUGUUUACAUCAAAAUGAAGAAACCCAAUGCUGCCAUCCAGGAUGCCAAUGCAGCCCUUGAGAUUAACCCAGAUUCAGCUAAGGGUUACAAGUCUCGUGGCAUGGCACGAGCAAUGCUUGGUCAGUGGGAAGAAGCAGCCAAUGAUCUUCACCUGGCGUCAAAGUUAGAUUAUGAUGAGGAAAUAAGUGCUGUACUCAAGAAGGUUGAACCCAAUGCACACAGGAUCGAGGAGCAUCGUAGGAAGUAUGAAAGGCUGCACAAAGAGAGAGAGGAUAGAAAGAUUGAGCGUGAGAGACAACGUCGACGUGCUAAAGCACAGGCUGAGUAUGAGAAGGCAAAGAAGCAAGAGCAAUCAUCUUCCAGCAGAAAACCUGGUGGUAUGCCUGGUGGGUUUCCAGAUGGAAUGCCAGGAGGGAUGCCUGGUGGGUUUCCAGGUGGAGUGCCAGGAGGAAUGCCUGGUGGUUUUCCUGGUGGAAUGCCAGGAGGCAUGCCUGGUGGUUUUCCUGGUGGAAUGCCAGGAGGAAUGCCUGGAGGUUUCCCAGGUGCCAUGCCAGGAGGGAUGCCAGGAAAUGUUGAUUACAGUAAAAUCUUGAACGACCCAGAACUGAUGGCUGCAUUUAGUGAUCCUGAAGUAAUGGCUGCCCUUCAAGAUGUAAUGAAGAACCCAGCUAAUCUUGCUAAGCACCAAGCAAAUCCCAAGGUAGCUCCUGUAAUUGCAAAGAUGAUGAGCAAAUUUGCCGGCCCAAGGUGAAUGAUGUUCAAAGCGUGUAGAAGUCUGCAUCCUAGUGUCACAUCUUGAGUACUUGUGUAGUUCUUCCUCUCCAAUUGCUGUUGACUUAUUCGGCGUGGACUGUGUUUGGCUAUCACAUUAUUGUCAAGUGUGGAAUAUUUUUAAGUUUUGUAGACCGAACUGAUUCAUUUCAUAGAUUGAAAUGUUUCAUUGAAAUUUCCAGAAGCAAUAAUAUGUUUUUGAGGCAGGAUUAUUUAGUGUC